UCCGCUUGUCCGCUGUCUUGCAAGUUGCAAAAAUGCAAAUCGUCUUGCCUUGCUUGACUUGACAAGGAAUCUAUUCUGUCUGCGUUACAAGAGAUUUUAUUGUUUGUAUAGGUGUAAUUAACGUCAAGACCUUGGUAGUUUCUUUUAAGUUCACAAAAUUAUACGUGUUUUUAGAUCGUAAGGCAGUACAAAGUGCAGUUCGUCGGACAAAUGGUUCAGGAAUAUACAUAACAAAAUGGCGUACAAUAAGUGUGAUAGUGACAAACAUGCUUCCUAUAUGGAUGGCAUACCAGUAAAAAUUAGUGAGAAGUACAAGCCUCCCAAGAAGAUUAUUCUCCCUGGUUCAGUAGUUAAUAAACUUAGCUCAGAAAUAUCACUUCCAGAGUAUGACUUUACCCUAGAAAAAAGUGUGUUGGAGAAAAUGACUCAGUGGCGGCAACUGCGGCAGUCACAGAGAGAUGCACGCAAACAACGGAUCACAGCAGAACAACAAGCGAGAGCAGCGAACAAGACUGAAGAAGCCCCGUCAACAGAACCUACCACCCCCGCCACCAUCCUCACCCCCGUUCCCAUCCAUGCAAAUACCCAUCCUACCACAAACCUUCACUCUAGUUUCAACAUAUCAGAGUUCGAACAAGAUACCUCCAGUCCGUUUGACAAUAUGGAACUGAAGACGAUCAACGAUUUGGAAGAGCUUGCUCAUGUUUUACAGCCUGUUGUGAUCGCUGAGAAACCUGUAGAUAGUGAUAAGAAAACCCCGCCCCCGCCAAGACUGAAUGGGUUCAACCAGUAUAGUUAUGAUAGUUGGACUCAUUACAAUGCCCCGCCCGGGUGUUACCCUCCUGGAAAUUCUGUGCAAUCAUAUGUGGUGCAGAGGAUGGACUCAAGGAGCGUGCCUGACAUCCUGCAGGAGCUGCGGACAGAGCUGAGAGACAAGAGAGAGGCUGAGCAGAGGACGGAGCCGCCGAGACCCUCUAGCACUGGCCCAGCUGAGAUGUCCAGCAGGAAGACUGCGGCAGAAGUUAAUGCCAGCUGGGUGUCAGCUGAGCAACCUUCUACACUGCCAAACCCAUAUGCUCAACUGCCCUCGACGUGUCAGCGCCUGUGUGAUCGACUGGCAGAGAUGGGUUUCCCCCUUGCUAGGGUAGCCCGUGCCACCAAGUUGUUUGGCGACGAUGAGACACGAGUUGUAGAGUUCCUAGUACAAGUGCAGAGGCUGGAAGAGCUCAAGUUUUCUGGUGACAGAGCCGAGCAAGCACUGGUGGCCAACGAGUACAAGGAUACAGAAACUCUGGAGUAUCUUCGUACGCAGUCACAGCUGCUAGACCUGGGCUUCUCCGAGGACCAGGUGAUGAAAGCUAUAAAGGAGUGUGGUACUGACCGAGACAAAGCACUUGAUUGGCUGAUCUCAUAGCAUAGGUCGGAGAUCAUCAACUACAAUACACUGCUUAGCCUUGUACUUCAUUCACCCCGUCUUUUUAGCCUAAGCAUACGGAAACAUUAUUUAAAGUAUUUAUUUUUCAAUUAAGUAAUUUUUAUUAUGUGUGAUUUAUUUAUUUUUGAAAUAAACACAAGCGUUGUUAA